AUGAAAUUAUCAUCAUCUUCACCAUUUUUUCCUUCAUCCUCAUCCAUCCACUCUCACACACCAUUUCUCCCACGCAACACACAAAACUCCAACCACGCCGCCACUCCAUUACUCUCAUCCAAUCACAUUCCUCCACGUUUCACAUCCCCUCAACAUAAAAACACCAACACUCUUACAAAUUCGAACAACAACACCAAGACAAACACUAAAACAACAAUCUCCAUGGCCAUCGAAACAGAAACCCAAACCCAAACCCAAACCGGGUUCAAAUUAGUUGGCUUCAAGAACUUCGUCAGAGCCAACCCAAAAUCAGACCGGUUCAAUGUAAAACGCUUCCACCACGUCGAGUUCUGGUGCACCGACGCAACAAACACCGCACGCCGCUUCUCUCACGGACUCGGAAUGCCGAUUGUCGCUAAAUCCGACCUCUCCACCGGAAACCUAACUCACGCUUCUUAUCUCCUCCGCUCCGGCGACCUCAACUUCCUCUUCUCCGCCGCAUAUUCCCCUUCCAUUUCUCUCUCCUCACCUUCCUCAACCGCCGCAAUCCCCACUUUCUCCGCUUCCACUUGCUUCUCCUUCUCCGCUUCCCACGGCCUCGCCGUCCGUGCUGUUGCUGUUGAAGUCGAAGACGCUGAAGUCGCUUUCACCACCAGCGUAAACCUCGGUGCAAUUCCAUCGUCUCCUCCGGUUAUCCUCGAAAAUAACGUCAAACUCGCGGAAGUUCAUCUCUACGGCGACGUUGUUCUACGUUACGUCAGUUACAACGACCUGAACCCGAACCAGAAUCCGAACCUGUUCUUCCUCCCUGGUUUCGAACGUGUAUCAGAUGAAUCUUCUAAUUCAUCGUUAGAUUUUGGAAUCCGAAGACUAGACCAUGCCGUCGGAAAUGUACCGGAGCUUUCAUCAGCGGUGAAAUACGUGAAACAAUUCACCGGUUUUCAUGAAUUUGCUGAGUUCACAGCGGAAGACGUUGGAACGAGUGAGAGUGGAUUAAACUCAGUGGUGUUAGCGAAUAAUGAAGAAACGGUUUUGCUUCCGAUGAAUGAACCUGUUUACGGAACAAAGAGAAAGAGUCAAAUAGAAACGUAUUUGGAACACAAUGAAGGUGCUGGGUUACAGCAUUUGGCGUUGAUGUCAGCGGAUAUAUUUAGGACACUGAGGGAAAUGAGAAAGAGAAGUGGUGUUGGUGGGUUUGAGUUUAUGCCUUCUCCUCCAGUGACUUAUUAUCGUAAUUUGAAGAAUCGCGUUGGCGAUGUUUUGAGUGAUGAACAGAUUAAGGAGUGUGAAGAGCUUGGGAUUCUGGUUGAUAGAGAUGAUCAGGGUACUCUGCUUCAGAUUUUUACCAAGCCUAUUGGUGAUAGGCCAACCAUAUUUAUAGAGAUAAUUCAGAGAGUUGGAUGCAUGCUCAAGGACGAAGAAGGGAAGGAGUAUCAAAAGGGAGGAUGUGGGGGCUUUGGAAAAGGAAACUUCUCGGAGCUUUUCAAAUCCAUUGAAGAGUAUGAGAAGACUUUGGAAACUAGAAGAACUGCAUGAUCCUCGUUCUGAUCUUUUGUGGUGCUCCUACUUUUCCAGCAAGUCAUUUGUUUACUGUAAUGCUUUUCUUUGACCUAGUGGAUGGUGGGAGUUUAGAGACCUUGGAACUAGGAUGUUGAUGUUGUUCUGUUAUACUGAGCCAACUAUAUGUAAAUCAUCACGUGUAAACGGACAAUAAUAAGUGCUUUAAAUUUUACUGCAAGUUUUAGUUAGAAAACAUACUUUAAACUCAGUAAGCAUUAUCUUUCCAAAAGUAUAUAUGAAGAACUGGUCCAUUGCUUUUUUUGGCAGUCAA